CAGAUGCUUUGCAAAGUGCUUUUAAGGAGAGGAGACAACAGCAACACUCGGUUCUUGCUCCAACUUACCAAAAACCAACUCGGAAACAAAAGUGCUGUUUGUUUGAAAACAUCCAAGCGAAAAUCGCGUUUUAAUUUUUGAAGACUUACUAACAAACGAUAACUAUACCACAAUGGCUACCACAUUAAAGAGUGCAAAGUCGAUCGUUCCUCUUUUGGACCGUAUCCUUGUUCAACGUGUCAAGGCUGAUCCCAAGACCGCUUCCGGCAUUUUCUUGCCUGAAAAGAGCCUCGAAAAGUUGUCCGAAGGCCGUGUCAUUGCUACCGGAAAAGGCUUGAUGAACAAGACCGGUACUCUCACUCCUCCUAGUGUUGCUCCAGGCGAUCGUGUCUUGUUACCUGCCUUCGGUGGAAGCAACAUCAAAGUUGGCGAGCAGGAAUAUAGCCUUUACCGUGAUCAUGAAUUGUUGGCUGUUAUAAAGGAGUAAAUGGGAAAUCUAUAUGGUUUCCAGCGGAAACAAUCUCUUCCAUAGAAUCUCUAAAACCUAUUCAAGAAACCGUCUUGAUGCAUUUAUGUUCUCGCCUUGGUUUCUUUCCUCUUUCCUCUCCUACUCAUUACCCUUUAUCUUUUUAAUUGAAUAAUACAUUUUGGGAAAAACAAAAAAAUCAUAUCCUCGAAUCCAAUUCCGUUUCUUUUUCGUUCAAUUUUCGUUCGAAUAAAGUACAAAACAUUCACAACCUACAAUAGGAUUUCUUUUUCUUUUUUUUUUUGGAAAGAACUCGGUUGGGUUUUCCGUUCGACCGGAUACCUUAGUUUCCUUGUCAUCCUCCGUUUCCUCUUCCUCCUCUCUUCGAUCUUGUUUUUCAUGGAUCCUUCAGAGUUUCUCCAAGACCUCAUGAUUUUUAUGAGUUUCGGUUCACUUACGAUCAUCUUUGUGUUCCACACACAUAUACAAUCAACGUAUACACACAAGAAAUACAAUUUUUUUUUCAUCUCUAUAUAUCUGUCUGUUCAUUCAUUACAUAUUUUUUGUAGUCGCAUGUGAAC